GCUUAGCUUGAAGCUUUGUAAGACCCGCCCGCAUACGAGAAAAGAAAAUGCCAACCUUGAACUUGUUCACCAAUGUUCCAGUGGACGCAGUCGUCGCCUCCGACAUUCUCAGGGACGCAACCAAAGCGAUCGCCAAGAUCAUCGGCAAGCCCGAGUCUUACGUGAUGAUAUUACUCAAUGGGUCGGUGCCCAUUGCAUUUGCCGGAACUGAAGCACCUGCUGCUUACGGUGAGCUGAUAUCGAUUGGGGGACUUGGACAGAGUGUUAAUGGCAAGUUGAGUUCAACUGUUGCAGAAAUUCUCCAAACCAAGCUCUCCAUUGAUGGCUCUCGAUUCUAUAUCAAGUUCUAUGAUGUCGAGAGAUCAUUCUUUGGAUUCAAUGGUUCAACAUUUUGAUGGGCAUCGCGAGAAGAAGCUUUUGCAGGACGAGAUGAAAACCACAUUCAUGAACUUGCAGCUUCAUCAAUCUUUGCCUUCGUUGUAUAACAAAAUAAAUAAAACUCCUUUGUAUAAUCUGGUUGUAUCUCGGGCAGUAGUAGUUAAAUUUAACAUCUGUAACAGGUUCAGAAACAUACUAGCUUGCAGUCCCUAUAGAUUAACAUCAAAAGAAUCCUUCCUUUGUUGGAUCUAGUCCUUGAAUUC